UGUCAUUAACGUCAGAUUUGUUGUUUCGCUGUUUGAUCGGUCGUUUCAUGCCGCUAAUUUUUACAUACAAAAUUUAGCGCGUGGAUUUACUGAGACUGAGCACGUUUUUCAGUUGUUAUUAAAACUUUUGUAUCCUUUAGUGAUAUUGGCGAGACUCUUAAAAUGGAAUUUCUCGAAUAUAAUGAUGUGCAAGCUGAGAUCAAAGGCGCAAUGGUUCCUGGAAGGUUGAAGAUGACGGACCAGAACAUAGUGUUUAAGAACAGCAAGACUGGCAAGGUGGAACAGAUUCCUGCUAACGAGAUAGAAUUGGUUAACUUCCAGAAGUUCAUUGGAUCUUGGGGCUUGAGAGUGUUCUUGAAGAAUGGCACAUUACACAGAUAUGGUGGCUUCAAAGAAGGGGAACAAGAGAAAGUGGCAAAGUUCUUCAAGACUAACUACAAUAAAGACAUGUUGGAGAAGGAGCUGUCUCUGAAGGGCUGGAACUGGGGCACAGCUAAGUUUAAUGGAGCAGUAUUGAGCUUCAAUGUUGGCACUAACACAGCGUUUGAAAUCCCGCUGCACUAUGUAUCACAAUGUAAUACAGGCAAGAAUGAAGUCACUCUGGAGUUCCAUCAGAAUGACGACACACCAGUAUCCCUCAUGGAGAUGCGCUUCCACAUCCCGACAAGUGAAGUGGGAGGCGACAUGGACGCGGUAGAGGCGUUCCACCAGCAAGUCAUGAACAAAGCCAGCGUCAUUUCCGUCUCCGGUGACGCCAUCGCCAUCUUUAGGGAGCUACAGUGUCUUACGCCUCGUGGUCGCUACGACAUCAAAGUGUUCCAGACAUUCUUCCAACUCCACGGUAAGACGUUUGACUACAAGAUACCGAUGUCGACAGUCUUACGUCUUUUCCUGUUGCCUCACAAGGACACCAGACAGAUGUUCUUUGUGGUGUCUCUCGACCCGCCCAUCAAACAAGGUCAGACGAGGUACCAUUACUUGGUACUGCUGUUUGGUAUUGAAGAGGAGACCAGUUUGGAACUGCCUUUUACUGAAGAAGAAUUAAAAGAGAAAUACGAGGGGAAGAUAAGCAAGGAACUGUCGGGGCCAACUUACGAGGUGCUGGCUAAAAUUAUGAAGGUCAUCAUUAACAGAAGAGUUACUGGCCCUGGAGACUUCUUAGGUCACCAUAAGACCCCAGCUAUAGCUUGCUCAUACAAAGCAGCGGCUGGGUACCUGUACCCCUUGGAGAAAGGCUUCAUCUACGUGCACAAGCCGCCCGUGCACAUCCGCUUCGAAGAGAUCGCGUCUGUCAACUUCGCCAGAGGAGGCGCUUCUUCUACCAAGUCGUUCGACUUCGAGAUCGAGCUGAAGCAGGGCAGCAUCCACACGUUCAGCAGCAUCGAGAAGGGCGAGUACGACAAGCUGUUCGACUACAUCACCUCCAAGAAACUGCAUGUCAAGAACACCGGCAAGAAUGACAAGGCGCUAUACGACGACGACUUCGGCGACUCGGACACGGAGAAGGAGCCGGACGCGUACCUGGAGCGCGUGAAGGCGGAGGCCAAGGAGCGCGACUCCGCCGACUCCGACGACGAGAGCACCGACGAGGACUUCAACCCCGACAAGGCCAAGGAGAGCGAUGUGGCUGAGGAAUACGAUACCAACCCGUCGUCAUCAGAGGAUUCCGAUGCGUCAGCCGCGUCGGACGACGAUGCUAAGAAGGAAAAGAAGAAGAAGGACAAACCCAAGAAAGCUAUUACUAUUUCGGAAGCCCCACGCAAACGCAAAGAAAAGUCGAAGAAACGCGAGAAGGACGUGAAUGCACCCAAGCGUCCCGCCACCGCCUUCAUGCUGUGGCUCAACGAGAACAGGAAGGGCAUCGUCGACGCCAACCCCGGGAUCAAGGUCACGGAAAUCGCUAAGAAGGGAGGAGAACUGUGGAGGGAUCUGAAGGAUAAGUCUGAAUGGGAAGAGAAAGCCGCAAAAUCGAAAGAAGAAUAUAACAUAGCGAUGAAGAAAUACAAAGACAGUGGUGCAGCCGAUGAAUUCAAACAGAAGAAGAAGCAAGCGGAGAAGGAACGCAAAGCCGCAGAGAAGAAGAGUAAAGCACCUUCUGCUAGUAAGAAGGCGAAGACUGCCAACGCCGGGGCCGGCAGUGGCGGAAAGUUUACCAGCAAAGAGUAUAUCGAAGAUGAUGAUAGCUCUUCUGAUUCUGAUAAGGAAAAGGAUAAGAAGAAGAAGGAUACUAAAGAUAGCAAAGACUCAAAGAAGGAGAAAGCAAAGAGUUCGUCAUCAGAAGCAGAAGCCUCUUCGGGCGGGUCCGGGGACGAGAGUGGAAGCGGUAGCGAUUGAAACCACAAUGUACUUACUAAAUAAAAUUAUGUUCUGCUGUUUAGUUAUUACUAUACUGUAGUCUUUAUCAAGAAUAUUUCGUUAUUUCCCAUGGUGUUGACAUUUCAUGGGGGAUUUGACCAUAGAAUGUUGAAUGAGCUUUGAUUUGAUUCUUAUACCCAAGAACUGAGGCACUUGUCCCACCGGCAACGAUUAACGAGUAACGAGUAGAGCUAGAACUAGAAACGAGUUAGCGAGAUGCGGGGAGCGAGUGCGUAGUUCCGAUAUUUGUGUAGCUCGGCUAUAAGCGAGUGUGCGAGUGAGGCGGGCGAUUGCUCGCAUCACUCGCUCGCUAGAUACGCACUGUAGAGAGAAAUGACCACUGGUUGCUCUCUCGGCGUGAGUUCUAAUCGCUUGGCGAGUGUCGCCGAGCGAGUGUUAUCUUCCAUAGCUCAUGUCGCUUAGCGACAAACUAGUGAAGCGAGUGCUCGCCGGCAGUGUGAACAGUCAGCGAUCAUCUAUUUGUAUAUGCAUCUCUUUUAUUCACACGGAAAGUAUAUCUAUUGUACGUUUCUUGAGCGAGAAAAUAGCCGAUAGUUAGUCGUUUUCUCGUCUUUGGUGGGACAACUGCCUCAUACACUUUUUUUGUUAUUUCUGUUGAGUGAAGGUUGUUACAUGCAGAUUUGUAAUACUUAUAAAUGUACAGUGGAUCUUGUAUUAGCGAAAUAUUUCAUACUAAUUGUUAAACGACACUAACAUACGUGUUUGUCAUCAAUCAUCCGUACUGAUAGGUUUAACUAAAAAAAAUAACGUUUCUGCAAAGUAACGAAUAGGAGCAAUCUAUAAUCAAAUUAUUAUCAAUUGUUUAUUACGCGAUCGAAAUAAAGACGGCCUUGAAUGCGAUCGAUAUCAAGUGAAGUCAAUUUUGAAACUCAAGAGGCAAUAUAAACUGAAGUUAUUAUUUCCACCGCAUUAUUAUAUCAUUUAGAAAACACGUAAUUUUCUAAAUAUGUCCACCUAUGCGCUUGCGCAAUCUUGCAUCUUCCCUCCCUUAUUUGUUAUUAGAAUUUCCAUAAGUCCUAUGUAACACAAUGUAUGUGAUAUUAUUAUAUGUAUUAUGUAUUUCCCAAAUCAAUUGAUGUGUGAUUCGUAAUUAAUGUGUGUUAUGUGAAAACAAAUCCUUGAUGAAUAAGUAAAUGUAAAUAUAUUCGUAAGAUCAUUUGUAAUUGUGUUAAAUUCGUAUUGCCUGCGAUGUGUAUUGUAAGCCCCAGUUAGUUGUAAUUUGUUAGUUUAUGGUAUUUUUAAUAUAAGAUUAUAUUUUUA